GACACCCCGUCUCUCUGCAGCUGGGGCAUGGCCGUCAAUGUGUACUCCACCUCGGUGACCAGCGAGAACCUGAGCCGCCAUGACAUGCUGGCCUGGGUCAACGACUCCUUGCAGCUCAACUACACCAAGAUCGAGCAGCUUUGCUCAGGGGCUGCCUACUGCCAGUUCAUGGACAUGCUGUUCCCCGGCUGCGUGCACCUGCGGAAGGUGAAGUUCCAGGCCAAGCUGGAGCACGAGUACAUCCACAACUUCAAGGUGUUGCAGGCUGCCUUCAAGAAAAUGGGAGUGGAUAAGAUCAUCGCAGUGGAGAGGCUGGUGAAGGGGAAGUUCCAGGACAACUUUGAGUUCAUCCAAUGGUUCAAGAAGUUCUUCGAUGCCAACUACGACGGGAAGGAAUACAACCCGCUGCUGGCGCGGCAGGGCCAGGACGCGGCGCCCGCCCCUAACCCAGGUGAUCACAGCUUCAACAAACCCAAGAAACUCAUUGGCACUGCAGUCCCACAGAGGACCUCCCCCACGGGCCCCAAGAACACGCAGCACCCGGCACGCCUGGGCAACGUCCCCACUGGCAUCCUGCGGAAAAACUCACCUGCCACCCGCAACGGGGGCCCCGAGGCUGACGCACAGAUCUUGGAGCUCAACCAGCAGCUGAUGGACUUGAAGCUGACGGUGGACGGCUUGGAGAAGGAGCGGGAUUUCUACUUCAGCAAACUGCGGGACAUCGAACUCAUCUGCCAGGAGCACGAGAACGAGAACAGCCCCAUCAUCAGCGGCAUCGUCAGCGUGCUCUACGCCACCGAGGAGGGCUUCGCCCCGCCGGAGGACGACGAGCUGGAGGAGCAGCAAACGGAGGAGCAGGACGAGUACUGACCCGCCGCGCCCCACCCCACGUCCGACCCCUCCAUAGACAUUGAGGCCCGAGUCCCCGCACCCCACCGCCAUCGCAGCUCCGUGGGACAGCGCCGAUGUCCACAAUAAACCAAACACCGCA